GAUUUUAAUUAAAUUCGAAAUUAAUCAAUUGUGAUGUAAACCGGACCGAGAGCCUAUGUCUGACAGCCACUACUUACACACGCACCACACUGAAUCGUCCCUCGUUUUCUCGCAAAAACCAGAGUGCUCCAAAGAGCGUAAAAGCCUAACCCUAACCCUGAAAAGAGCUAGAGAAAAUCAGCAAUCCAGCCAUGGUUUGCAUAAGGAAGGCGACAAUAGAUGACCUACUGGCGAUGCAAGCCUGUAACCUGCUGUGCCUACCGGAAAACUACCAGAUGAAGUAUUAUUUCUACCACAUCCUCUCCUGGCCCCAGCUCCUCUACGUCGCCGAGGACUACAACGGCCGCAUCGUUGGCUACGUCUUAGCCAAGAUGGAGGAAGAAUCUAACGAGUGUCACGGUCAUAUUACCUCUCUCGCCGUCCUCCGCACCCACCGCAAGUUGGGCCUCGCCACUAAGCUCAUGAACGCUGCACAGACCGCCAUGGAACAGGUGUUUGGUGCAGAGUAUGUCUCACUGCAUGUUAGGAAGAGUAACCGGGCAGCAUUUAAUCUCUACACAGAAACAUUGGGUUAUAAGAUUCAUGAUGUGGAGGCAAAGUAUUAUGCAGAUGGAGAGGACGCAUAUGACAUGCGGAAGCAACUUAAGGGGAAACAGAUUCAUCAUCAUGGACAUCACUAUCACCAUCAUCAUCAUCAUCAUGGUGGUGGAUGUUGUGCAGCUGAUACCAAGUCUGUGGAAGCAAGACCAGACUCAAAAUCAGAGGCAAAAACUAGUACAAAAUCAGAAUCGAAAGCAGGGUGAUGGUGAAAAAGUAGGACCAGUGUUUGGAGAACAGGCCAAUGAUCUUUUGUUAUGUGAUUCAGAUUGUAGUGAGAAUUAUAGUUUGUUUUUGCUGGUAAUAAUGCACUGAAGGACCUUGAUUUGCAUGGCUAUUUCUUGCAUCCCUUCCAUAUAUUUUGGUGAACAUUGUUGUAUAAUGGUUGUUGCAUCUUCUUCUUGGUAUAAAUUUUUGGUGCCAA